GUAGUGCCGGCAGACAGGAGCCGCAACAGAACCCGUGUUGAACCGAAUCACAGCACGGAGGCGCUGGAUCACAACCGGUUCCGAGUAGAGUUUGAGAUCGAGAAGUUUUCCCAGCACAGGACCACAACUCGGAUAUGGCUACCUCCAUUCUCGGGGAAGAGCCUCGGUUUGGAACGACACCCUUAGCAAUGCUGGCUGCCACCUGCAACAAAAUCGGAAACACGAGCCCUCUCACGACUUUACCCGAAUCCAGCGCCUUCUCCAAAGGUGGAUUUCACCCGUGGAAGCGGUCCUCGUCCAGCUGCAACUUGGGCUCGGCGCUCCCCGGCUUCACCGUGGCGACGAGCCGCGCCUCCACCGGACUAACGCCGACGAGCGGCGCCGGCAGCAGCGCCUUCUGCUUGGCCUCCACAUCCCCGACCUCGGCCGCCUUCUCCACUGAGUACAGCGGCUUGUUCUCCAAUAGCAGCGGCGGCGGCGGAGUGGUCUCGGCUCAGGAGUCCGGUCAGUCCGCCUUCAUCUCUAAGGUGCACACCUCCGCGGAGAGCCUCUACCCCCGGGUGGGGAUGGCGCACCCGUACGAAUCGUGGUACAAGUCCGGGUUCCACUCCACCAUCUCCGGGGACGUUGCGAACGGCGCGUCGUCCUGGUGGGAUGUCCACACCAACCCCGGGUCGUGGCUAGACGUGCAGAACCCGGCGGGGACACUCCAGGGCUCGCUUCACUCCGGCACCCCGCAGGCGAUCCACUCCCAGCUGAGCGGCUACAACGCGGACUUCUCCUCUCUCACACACUCGGCCUUCAGCUCCACGGGGAUCAGCCCCACCGCGUCUCACCUGCUGUCCACCGGGCAGCACCUGCUGGCCCAGGACGGCUUCAAGACGGUCCUGCCAGCGUACACGGACGCUUCUGCGGCCACCGCCAUGAUUUCAGGCGGCAGCUCGGGGAUAAGUAGUUCCACUCGGUCAUCCAGGCGGUACUCCGGCAGGGCCACGUGUGACUGCCCCAAUUGCCAGGAGGCCGAGCGGCUCGGCCCCGCCGGGGCCAGCCUGCGGAGGAAGGGACUCCACAGCUGCCACAUCCCAGGCUGCGGCAAGGUGUACGGCAAGACGUCGCACCUGAAGGCGCACCUGAGGUGGCACACGGGGGAGAGGCCCUUCGUGUGCAACUGGCUCUUCUGCGGCAAGCGCUUCACACGCUCCGACGAGCUGCAGAGACACCUGAGGACCCACACCGGCGAGAAGCGCUUCGCCUGCCCGGUGUGCAACAAGCGCUUCAUGCGGAGCGACCACCUGAGCAAACACAUCAAGACGCACACGGCGGGAGGGGGCGGCAAGAAGGGCAGCGACAGUGACACCGACACCAGCAACCUGGAGACGCCCAGGUCCGAGUCCCCGGACCUUAUUUUGGAAGGGGUCAAUCCCAGGAUCACGGUUAAGGACCAGUCCCCUCACGACGAGCCCUGAUGGGGGGAAAAGGACCCUCGAUGCAAACUGCAGAAAUAAAACAUAAAAACGGGUCUUGUUGAACAUAAGGGAAUAUUCUUCAUCAAUAUUGAAUUGCUGAGGAAAAAGUGGAGCUGAAGUUGGACAAUGUGAGUUGCAUCUUGUAUAAAAGUAUGUGUUCAUCUCAUCUUCUUGUUGUUUUCAUUCGUGAGGCUGUCCUGGAACAUCAGGGAGUUUACCUUUCAAUGCACUUUGUGGAUAUUCUAUGUAUGUGAACAGCUUUUUGUUUUUUUUUUGGAAAAGUUUUAUUUCUUUGCUAAAAUAUCUAUAUAUAAAUGUUUACCUGUAUAAAUUCACACGUAUAAGACUUUCAUUUUAAAGUCAU